UGUGCGAUUUCACAGGGAGAGGCCUCUGCUUUUUUUUUUUUUUGCGUCCUCAUUGGUCCAGACAAGCUUGAAAGCCUCCAUUGAGCCAGUCGGCAGGAAUUUGGGGUGCUAAUGCCACGCUCGGGAGGCGGAAUUUGUGUGAUUCUAGACACUAGCUGACCAUUCACUUUGCGAGUUCUGCCCACCUCCUCCUGUAACUUCUCUCGUUCACUCCUUGCUUCUUUUUACUCACUUUGUGUCGAAGUGUGUGAACUAACAACCCGCUGACGGCUUUGGUAAUCCAGCAUCAUGACUUUGACAUACUUGUUUGGGCGGAAGUGGAGGCUGGUGCUGAGUGCUCUCCUUAUUUGUAUCGUAAUCUCCGAGUUAGCUUACUGUCAUAAAGAUGCUCAAGAGCAGAGGAGGAGGCCAGGGAGGAAGGCCAAGCUUGGCAAACCCAAACUGGCCAAAGCAGCGAAGAAAGGGACCCUGGGUCCAAAAGCCAAACCGAAAGUUAAAGCAUCGACGCAGGCUAAGGCCUUGCUUACACAGGUGAUUAACAGAGGUAAGUUCAUCAAGGUGGAAGAGACAAUAAGUGUGCACGUUGGAGACGCUCUGGAGUUGAGGUGCAGGGGUAAACCCGUCCAGUGGGGCGUCCCAUCGUACCUGGAGGAAGAUGAUGAUGGCAGGCUCAGGAUUGUCCAGCAUGAGCGUUAUGGUGUUCUGACACUAGUCAACACUACGGGUGCAGACACAGGGGAGUACACCUGCUACCCGAUGUUCUGUGAGGACACAGAUUGCAGAAAGAAAUACGACAAAGCUGCCAAAGUCUUUGUUUUCUUCCCUGACCCUCAGGAGCUUUUCGUCCCAUCGUCUGACUACUACGAGGUAAUCCAGCUGAGAACCAACUGGCCGACUCGUCUGCCCUGCCAGGUGACAUCGCCCGCUGCCAAUGUGACGCUGCACCGUGAGUUUCCGCCAGUGGAGGUGGCAGUGGACGGGACGGAGAUCUCCUUCAAUGUGCAGAAAGGUUUCACCAUACAUCGACCGCGGCCCCAUCAUGCCGGCGCCUUGUACUGUGUGGCCAGCCUGGGGGGCCUGAGGCAGAGCUCCACCAAGUACAUGCUCAUCUAUGUCAACUACCCCAUGGCACCCCCCGGCCCAGUGAUCCAGUCCAGUUCGAGCUCUUUGGCAGCUGGUGACAAUCUACGUCUCAGCUGCACUGUGAUGGGAGAGAGGAAUGUGGCAGUGGAGAUCACAUGGGAGUACCCUGGACAGCAGAUAGGGAGGCCUCUGUACACGCUCGAGAGCAUCAAUCCUGUCGGCGGGGGCUCAGAUGGACAGCAGACUCAGUCCAUUCUCCUGGUGGACGAGGUGAGGGACGUGGACCAAGGAGCAUACACUUGCACUGCUGAGAACCUGCAAGGAUCCAAAUCCGUGUCCACCACAGUCAAAGUGCUUCCCAAAGCUAAACCUCCCAAACCGUGAAGAACUUCUUGACUGACAGAGGGCAGCAUGUUUCACUUUUGUAUCCAACCAGUCCUGGGAGGACAUAAUCCCAGAAGAAAAAUAGUGGGGAUGCAUGUAGUUGUUCCAUUGAAAUGUACAUGAAAUAUUGUGUAUCGCAGGUUUAGAUAUUAAACUGCUUUUCAGA